UGACCCACCCACACUGAAGAUGCUGCUCCAUCGACUCCACAAUGGGAAAUACGUCUAAUUCCUAAGAUGAUGGCGAACGAAACGUCGAACGAUCAAUAUGGCUUCCAAGACGAAAUUAUGUCAGGAUUUUGAUCUUGAGCACUGCCUCCUUGAAUUUCUAUCCUCAUUCCAGAACCUACAAUGCGGAGGCAACAUUCAAACCAAAUCUCGAUCAAAUCACCUCGCUAUUCGGAUGAUGCUGCGUUCAAUGUUAAUCCAAGAACCUCGCUCCUUUUCGCUCAUUAGAUAGAUAGAUAGAUAUAUACGCAUUAUAUUUCGACCGACUGAGAUUUUCUUUGCCUAAAAUCCAAUUCUCCCCCUUCAUCAUUUUUUCAUAAUGUCGAUGUUCAACCGCAUCUCCCUUCUAUCAGCUAUGUUGUAUGGCGUCGCCCUUGUAGUUGCGAGCUCUGAGAGCCCCAAUCUAAAUUCCCGGAGUAUUCACGACAUUGAGACACGGGACACAACCACAGAGCGACCAGUUGCUGGUUUUGUAAUGAAAGUGUGGCCCGCCGUUAUUGGGGCAGCCAUGUACGGAGUUUCCGGCCUCUUGCAUUGGAUCCAUUUUUUCCGCGUCGGCCAACGCUACAUGUUGACCUUGACGAUUGGAAUGACAUGUAUGACAAUCGGGUUGGUUUUACGAAUUGCCGUUUCCCAUUCACCGUAUUCUUUGGCACUUUACAUCUUGGAAGACAUGCUUGUUCUGCUUUCGCCAUGUGCCUUUCUCGCCACGGAUUAUAUACUUCUAUCCCGAUUAGCCAAUAGUUUGGGACGCGACAUUGCGGACGACUGCUUGUUGAUUCCAUCUCGUCGUAUCACUAAGAUCUUUGUCUGGAGCGAUGUUAUCACUUUUUGGGUCCAAGCAUUCGGUGGAGGAAUGUCGGCUUCGGCAAAGAUGGCAACAAUUGGAACGACAGUUUCAAUGGUAGGGCUGGUCCUACAACUCGUCUCCUUCGGUCUCUUUACUAUUCUCUUGGUCACAUUUGGAUUCAGAGUGCUCACCAAGUAUCCAAAGGCUUGGGAUGUACAAUCUUCAGUGCUAUCAGUUGCCGGCCCCUUUAAGACGUCUACAACUACCAACUGGAAAAUUUUGUACUUCACUAUGUGUUUCACAUGCACAGGCAUUUUGACCCGAUCGGCCUUUCGCAUUGCUGAAUUCGCUGGAGGAUACAACGGCUACUUGGCAACGCAUGAAGGGUACUUUUUCUUGCUUGAUGCUCUCCCUUUGUGGAUUGUUAUGACGACGUACUGCUUUUUCUGGCCCACUCGGUUCAUUAACCAGGAUGACGCAAAUGCCGCAAGUCGGUAUGCACCUGCUUCAGUACCGCUAGUUGAAAGCAAUAAGUACGGUAGUCAGUCUACAGGUUCUUUAUGAUGAGCGCACUGGACUUCACUAUUAUUCGGACUUGUAGUAAACGCAUUCAUUCGUUAGAAGUGCAGU